AUGAAGAAGACAGUGCAGUACUUCGCCAUCAAGAGCAUCGAGAAGUGUGAAAAGCCCAGAGUCCUUCAAGAGGUGCGCACGUUCCACACGUUGAAGCACGACAACGUCCUCAAGUUCCACGCCUGGUUUCUGCAUUCCAACAGCAUCAUCUACGCGGACUUCAAGCCGUCCAACGUGCUGCUUGAUGAGAACGGCCGACCCAAGCUGUGUGAUUUCGGCCUUGCGAGGCGUCUCACGGACAUAGCCAAGGGCUCUCAAGCCCAGCGCGGAACGCCAUGCUACAUGGCGCCGGAGCUGUUGCAGGAGGGCGGGGUGCUAUCGUUCGCGUCAGAUCUGUGGGCGCUGGGGUGCGUCAUGUACGAGUGCUACGCCGGCCACCCGCCCUUCCACUCCCCCACCUUCUCCGCGCUCGUCUCCGCCAUCCUCACGGAGCCCCCCCCGCCUCUCCCCGGGACCCCCUCGGUGGAGUUUCAGGAUUUGGUGAUGCGGCUGUUGGAUAAGAAUCCGGGGACCAGGAUGGGGUGGGAGGAGCUUAGGGAGCAUCCCUUCUGGCAGUCGCCUAUUAAGGCGCUGCCGUUGCCGCCGCAACCGGCACUGAAGAACUUUCUCCGCGCGCAGGCGCAGGCGGAAGCGGAGGCGCAAGCGCUAGCGCAAGCGCAAGCGGCAGGGCGGAAUGGGGGAGGCAGAGGAGCGGGGGAAGGGCGGGAGGUGAGCGGGUCGGGGGAGCGGGAGGGGCGGGUGGCGCUAGGGGACGUGGCGGCUGCGUGCGGAAAUGCGGGGGAUGGGGGGCUGGGGGGGAGUGCGGAGGGAAGGCGAGACAAGGACGCGGAAGGGGGCGAGGGCGCGGGCGGGAGUUACAGGCACGGCGGGGGGCUGAAGGCGGGGAGUCGGGAGGAGGUGCUUUUAGCGAGUCACGACAUGGAAGUCGACUUAGAGGAGCGCAGCCAUGUCGCGGAGCGGGAGCGCGGCGCUCAUAUCGAGGAUGCUGCCGUGGAGAGCGGCGAGGAGGGCGCGAGCAGCGGAGGGGAGGAGUUUGCGGCUGGGCGGGCGAGGAAGCGGGGGGCUCAGGGUGAGGAGCAGCAGGUGCGCGUGGGAGGGGAGGAGAAGCGCGGGGAUGGAGGCGAGCAUGCGGACGGCGAGGGCGCGCAGCAGGCGAGAGCAGCGGAGGGGCGGGAGGAGCAGGGAGCGGGCCGGGCCAAGGCGGCAGCAGAGGGGAGAGGAGGCCGCGGGAGCGAGGGAGAGGGGCGGGCGGGUGAGGGGCCGGCAGCCGCAGCAGGUGCAGCAGCAACAGCAGCAGUCGCAGGCGCAAGUGCAGCGGCGGGUGCAGGCGCAGCAGGAGCAGAGGCGGAGAAGGGGCUGUCAGCGGUGGACGUGAUGUGGCACGCGUCCGACGUGGCAGUGAAGCCCAUCGUGCUGAACCGGCGCAUUGAGAAGCUCCCCGAGCCCGCCUUCGACGCGCGCCACCUCCCCAUGGACCCGCUCGCCCCCGCCGACCUCGUCAAGCUCGCGGGCGGAAGCGCCGCCGCGGAGGGGCAGCAGCAGCGCGGGAGCAGCAGCGCGGCGGACGCAAUGCUGGGCCGGCUGGUGGGGGUAAUGUCGGGGAGCUUCUCCCUGGCGGAUAAGCUGAACGUGCUCAAGUACGUGGAGUCUCUGGCGUACGAUCCAGACGCGGCGAACGUGGUGAUCAACAGCCCGCUCAUGGUGUGCCUCGUGAAGUUCCUGCGCAACUGCAAGGUGCCUGCGCUGCGCGUGGAGCUGUGCACCGCCAUAGGGCUGCUCGUGCGCCACGCCACGGCUAUCCGGCGGGAGCUCGCGGCGAGCGGGCUGGUGGGGGUGCUGGCGGAGUGCCUGCGCGACAAGCAGGAGAAGGUGCGCCGGCGCGCCAUGGCGGCUCUGGGGGAAAUGGCGUUCUACAUCGCCACGCAGAGCCCCACUCCUGCUGCCGCUGCCGCCGCUGCCGCUCCGUCCCCUGCGAGCGGGUUAGUGGUGGGCGCGGCAGCGGGGGGAGCUGGGUGGCAGCUGACAGGCACAACGGUGACGCCGAUCAUGGCGAUGCUGCGGCGCGGGGAGGACGAGGUGACCAUGCACUAUGCGGUGAAGACCAUCGAGAACAUUGUCAGCGAGGGCCCUGCGUGGGCGGCGCGCUUUGCCACGCAGGAGACGGUGGGGAACCUGUGCCACAUCUUCCGGCACAGCUCGUCGCGGCAGGAGCACCUGAAGCUCACUGCCGGCUCGUGCCUGGUGCGUAUCCUGCGCUUCGCCCCUUCCUGGGUGGCGCUCGUGCUGGACCGUAUAGGGCCUAAAGAGGUGGUUACGGCGCUGGCGAAAGCGGCGCCUAGGGAGCAGCAGCUGCUGCUGAGUCUUGUGAAUGUGGCGCUUGCUGCUGCUGCAGCGGGCCAGCUGCCGGCACGGCAAAUGGCAGCGUUGACGGAGGAUAAGGGAGGACUCCCUGCAGUGGCCGUGGGUCUUCUGCUGCAGGAGCAAGCCACGGAGGUGCUGCGGGGCAAGGCUCUGUGCUGUGUUGCGCUGCUGCUGCGCACCAACUGGCGCCUGCUCGUACCGCUCUGCACCGCGCACAAGCUGGUGCCGGCGCUGGAGCGCGUGCGGAGGGAGGCGAAGGGGGGCGGCAAGGAGGAGGCGUUUGUGGGCAUGUGUGUGGAGGCAGGGGUGCGUGCGGUGGGGGCGGCAGCAGCACAGCUCAUGGCUCAGAUACCCCAAGACGUGUCCGUGCUGGUGACUGCUGUCGCUGCCACUACCUCCGCUUCUGCUAGCUCUCCCAUCCCCUCUGGUGCCCUUGCCGCUCCGUCCCCUUCUGCCGGUGGCGGGGGAGCAGGGGAUUCGUCCCCGCACACGACCCAGCAGCAGGCGAUGCAGCAGCAGGCGCUGCAGGCGAGCAUAGUGGACAUGUUUGCAGUGGUGGUCAUGAUCAUGACGAGCCCGCUGCUGCGCCCACUCAUUGUGGAGGCAGUGCUGCUGCAGCAGCUCACUGACUGCCUCUCCCUCUGCCUCGCCAGCUCUGCAUCGCUCUACCCAUUGGAGCAGCUGUUAGCAGCGGUUCUGCAGGCAGUGGAGGCGCUGUGCCAGCAGCCCCAGCAGCUGCUGCAGCACACAGCAGCGCUCGCCAGCUCGCUGCUACCCGCCCUCGCACAGCUCUACUCCAAGGCACCAGCAGGCGAGACGCGGUUCAUGUGCAUCAAGGUCAUGGGCGACAUCUUCGCCCUGCUGCUGGACCACCUCACUGCUCUCAGACAGCAAGGCCACGCACAGCACGGCGGGGAAGGCGAAGGCGAAGGGGAAGGGGACGGGGAGAGGGAGAGGGUGAAUGCGGAGUGUGAGGCGGCCAGAGCGGUGAUACAGGAACUAGUGUGCAGUGAGGUGUUGCCGCUGUAUGGUUCCCUCAUGACAGACGAUGAACCCGUACCCACGUUCGCCCAGAAGCUCCUCGUGAACUUCCUGGACCAUUCGAUCGUGUCAGUGGAGAGUAUUUUAUCGCUGGGGCUGGCGGCGUGCUUCUUUGAGAGGCUCGUGGGCGAGCCCGCUGCCAUCAACAUGCACACGCUACGCCUGUGCCUCAUUCUGGCCGCGAAUCCUGCAGUGGACCGGCGUGCGUUUGCGCACCUGCACCUGGUGCCACGCAUGGGUGCGCUGCUGGAGCAUGUGUGGCAGUGUGCCAUGGCGGAUUUUGUCGACCCUGUUGUGUCGCUGUGCCUGCUCGUGCUCGAGAGGCAGGUGGCGGAUAACGGCAGUGGGGAGCAGGAAGGCGGGGCGGGGGAGGAGGAGGUGGAGCAAUUGGCAGAGUUCACGCGCGUGUUUGUGCACCUCUGUGCGGACCCAGACCCGGUUGUCGCCGACAUUGCUUCUGACUGCCUCUCUCUGCUGCUCCAUGCUGUUCCCGACCAUGUGGGGCUUGCUCUCGCUCCGCACAUCCCUGAUGUUACCACUGUUCUCGCCAGCACGGUGCAGCAGCUGCAGGAGCUGGAGCAGCAGCAGCAGGAGGGAGGGGGCGAGGCGGGCGAGGAGGCCGGUGGGGCGGAGCUUGCAUUGAAGGUGCAGGUGCUGCUGUUGAGGGCAGCGGGGUGCACGUGCAAGGAGUUGAGGACGGCCAUAGUGAGGCGGCGGGAAGAGGUGGCAGCGCCGGUGGCGGAGCUGCAGCAGCUGCUGGGGCUGGCGAGUGCAGCGAGGAGCAGUGCGGUGGAGGAGGUGGUGGAGGCUGCAUCGUCUACUGCCACGGAUGUGCAGAGACUGCUGCGCUGCUGCUCCUGA